CUGGUUUACAUCACCCAGGCAGGAGCUGAACUGAGACACUUGCAGUGGAAGCGGCGGCGGCUCCGCAGGCGUCUGGCUGUGGAGUGUAGAGGCCAGGGCUCCGACGGGCGCCGAGCUCAGCCGCAGCGGAGCAGGCCCCUGUCAAAGGCAAGGUACCGCGAGGAGCGCCGGGGCAGGCGGGCCGCUGCAGAUGCCAGACACCCCUCUGGCAGCUCCUAUGAGUGCUCCCUCCAGGAAGAAGCAGUUAAAGCUGGACGAUGACCUAGACAUUGAAUGUCCCACCCAGAAACAAGCUCGAAGUGGACUCCAGCCCAAGCUGCCCCCCUGCCCACUGCCACCGAGACCACCUCCUGCUGCGGGCCGUGCCCCUGCUGUGUCCAUUGCCUCUCAGCUUGGGUACUAUGUCCUCCAGGGGCCUGAAGAGGGCGGCCGGGCUUACCGGGCCCUGCACCGCCCCACAGGCACCGAAUACACCUGCCAGGUGUACCCAGUCAGCGAGGCCCCGGCGGUGCUGGAGCCCUACUUGCGGCUGCCCCCUCAUAGGCACGUGGCACGGCCAGCGGUGGUGCUGGAGGACACACACCAUCUUUACAUCUUUUUCCCGCGGCCCCAUGGGGACCUGCACAGCCUGGUGCGCCGUGGCCGCCUGCCCGAGCCCGAGGCCGCUGGCCUCUUCCGCCAGAUGGCCGCCGCCGUGGCCCACUGUCACCAGCACGGCCUAGUCCUGCGGGACCUCAAGCUGCAUCGCUUCGUCUUCACUGACUGUGAGAGGACAAAGCUAGUGCUGGAGAACCUGGAGGAUGCCUGUGUGCUGACCGGGCCAGACGACUCCCUCUGGGACAAGCAGGCAUGCCCAGCCUACGUGGGUCCUGAGAUCCUCAGCUCACGGGCAUCCUACUCAGGCAAGGCGGCGGACAUCUGGAGCCUGGGUGUGGCGCUCUUCACCAUGCUGGCUGGCCACUACCCCUUCCAGGACUCAGAGCCUGUCCUGCUCUUCCGCAAGAUCCUACAGGGGAACUACUGCCUGCCUCAGGGCCUCUCGGCCCCGGCCCGCUGCCUGAUCCACUGCCUCCUUCGACGGGAGCCAGCUGAGAGGCUCAGGGCCUCCGGCAUCCUGCUGCAUCCCUGGCUGCAGGAGAACCCGACCCCCUCAGUCCCGUCCCGAGCCCACCUCUGGGGGGCUGACCAGGUGGUCCCCAGAGGGCCAGGGCUGGAGGAAGUGGAGGUGGAGGAGGGAGAAAGGGCAAUGGACCUAUAUGGCUAGGGCCACCCUGCCAGCCUCUCAGCUGUGAACUGUGGGCUGAGUUUGGGGUAUCCCCAAGCUCUCUCCUACCGCUUUGAACUGAGACACACCCUGAAGUUCCUUCCAGGAGGGAGAAAAGAGGUGUGUGUGGAAUGUGCUGUAUGCACACACAUGUGGUUCACACACCCGUGCACACGGGCUCAUGCACUUGCCAAGUCUUUCUUGGGGACCCCCUGUGUGCUCUGUUGUAGGUGCUGAGAACACAGCUGUGACCCAGAGACAAACCCCUGCUCGCAGAGCUGACAGUACUUUUCCAUGCCCACAGGCCAUUGUCUUGUGCUGGACUGGGUACACUUAGUGCAGGUGACGACACCCACUCGUGCUGGCACUGGCACCUCUGUCAUGAGACAGUUCCUCUCACAAACAACCCAGCUGCCUUUGUAUCUUGCACCUUUCAGAGGAAGGGAAGCAUCGUGUGCCAAAGGCUCCAGGCCUCCCCCUUGCAACUUAGGGCUCCGGAGCCCCAGCCAUGCUGGGAAUUCCAUGCCAGCAGCUGCGUCCUCUUGGUCACAGGAUCCUCUGUCCAGGCCUGAGCCAAGGAUUUGGGCUGGAAGAUGGAGAGUGCAAAUUGUGAGGCGGGUCCUCACCUGACUCGAGGAGUGGUUUGGAAUGCGGGUCCAGACCUGCCUGCUGCGGCAGCCCCUGACCUGAGCAGGGGGACAGGUUUAGGUGGCGUCUGCCUCCUUGCCCCCUGGAAAGUGCUAAACCCAGUUCUGAGGACGCUUUUGGGGUCCAGGACCCCCCAUUAGUACUAUAGGUUUUGUUUACCAUGACUACAUUUUUACUUUGUGCCUAAUAAAGGAGUUAUGAAAUA